AUGGCGCGUUACAAGGUGGGCAUCGCUGCACUCAACAAGACUUGGUUCCCCGGACAAGGCCAACUGAAGCAGGUGGGUGCCAACUACGCCACCUUCUGGAGCGACCGUUCAAAGGCAGAAGGACGUCACGCAGGCGCCGCUUUUGUCCUUCUUGGGACGACUGUCCUGUCUGCUGCAGGAUGUCAGCGACCGACUGAUUAGCCUGCACCUGCCUCCUCGGGGAGUCAAAUCUCCCAUCCUAAUCGGCGCCUACGUCUCACUGAUGACCAACUCUGACGAGACCAAGACCAAGUUCUACGAGGACCUGCACCCACUCCUGGUAUCUGUGCCGAAGGCUAACAAGCUGGUUGUCCUUGGUGAUUUCAGUACCCGCGUCGGGAUGGACUACGCUGUCUGGAGGGGAGUGUUGUGUCCUCAUGGAAUCGUCGGCUGCAACGACAACGACCAUCUGCUCCUGCAAAGCGACCUUCUUCUGUUAUCGCCACAUCGCACUGCAGAAGCUGGGGGCGAUUGUGGACGCUUAGAUUACUCCUGA